UAAAAUGUAUGCAAAAUUUGGUUCUCUUGGCAUUAGACUAUUGACGACUGAUGACUUUCUACCUAUAACAACGCUACUGAGUGUUACUCUAAAUGAAGAUCCUUUGUUUAUCCGAACGGGUAUUUCCACCAAUGGUGAAUCUCGUGAUUAUUUUCGGGAAAAAUGGAUUUCAUAUAUAGCAGAAAACAAAUCGUUUAUAUGGGUAGAAAAUGGUAACAUGAUUGGUUUGAAUAUUCUUUAUGUAGAUGAUGGAUCCAUGACUUCAAUUCCGGCCCGUAUUUCUCCAGAAUUGAGCUUGUACUACAAUAUAUUGUCUGACUCAGAAUUAUCUUUUAAUAUGACUGACAAGUAUGGAGUGGGUAGAUUUUUGAACAGUGCUGUUUUUUGGGUUCACGAAGAUUACCGUACGCCGGAAAAUCUUCAGAAAAUGCUACAAUUCAGAGAAGCUAUUUGUGUGCUCAAUGGUAUUGAAGCAACAUCCGCCUAUUUUACAAGUGAUGAAGAAAUUAUUGCAGCUUAUAACGUUGGAUAUGAGCAGGAUGGCCACAUGAGUUUUAAAAGUAUUGCUCAAAAAUAUGGAGGUUUCAAAACAGACGAGAGUAAUAAUUCGCUUUGUAUAACUCGCAAAACACUCAGAUACAUCAUUAAAUAUGAUUAAUCCAUGGUGGCUCUGAUUAAUACUAAAGCAAACAUAACAUUGUAGAAGAAAAAAUAUUAAAUAAUAAAGUUUGCAUUGGUUUCAACUUAAUUCAAAACUUUGAUGAAA